UAUUUAAUGAAUCUGACCGAAUUAGUCAGCACUUUACUGUAUCUCUCUUUAUCCAUAGUCCCACCAUGUUUUUGAAUGUUCAGAAGCAGCCAUCUAUGUAGCAAAUUGGAAUUUAUCGAUCAAUGAUAUACAAUCUUAUAGCUUUACUUUUGCAAAUCAUGGAUUAUAGUAAGAAUUUUCAAAAAUGGUGAUUUCCCAGUUUAUAGAAAGAAUGAACUUCUUUUCUCUGUUGGUUUUGUUGGGAUUUCUUCUGUCUAGAAUUCAGGCCAAUUUAGUUGAAAAUGAAGUGGUUGUUCUUCAUGAAAUUUUCCAAACAAUGGGUGCCACAAACUGGAAGUUUGAUCGUGCCUCUUGUCAAGUUCAAUUGGUUGGCGUAACAGCACAGCCACCGCUAAAUGCUGAAAGCUCCAUAGGGUGUGAGUGUGGGCAUGAUAGCAACUCUUGUCAUAUCGUAAACAUAACUCUUAAGGGUUACAGUCUUCCCGGGGUUCUUCCAAGUGCGCUGGUGAAACUUCCUUAUCUACAAAACAUUGAUUUUGCCUACAACUAUCUAUCUGGUGGAAUUCCUGUGGAGUGGGCUUCAAUGCAGUUAAAAUAUAUCUCCCUACUUGCGAAUCGGUUAUCCGGAAAGAUCCCAAAAGAAUUGGGGAAUAUGAGCAGUCUCACUACCAUGUCUCUUGAAGCUAACCAAUUUACUGGAGAAGUUCCUGAUGAGCUAGGGAAAUUAGUCAAUUUGCAGACUUUGAUGUUGUCCUCAAAUCAGUUAAGUGGAUCACUGCCUCGGACGCUUGCUGGCCUGAAGAAUUUAAAAGAUUUUCGAAUUAAUGAUAAUAACUUUGAGGGAGUCAUACCGGCUUAUAUACAAAAUUGGAAGCAACUUAACAGAUUGGAAAUGCAUGCAAGUGGGCUUAUGGGGCCUAUUCCACCUGAAAUAUUCUUCUUGGACGGACUAACCCAAUUGAGAAUAAGUGACGUCUAUGGAUCUACUCAGGCAUUUCCAGAUCUGAGCAAUAUGACUGGCCUAGUAAGACUUGUGCUAAGGAAUUGCAACAUUGCUGGAGAGAUUCCGGCAUCGAUCUGGAAGAUGAAUAGUUUGAAAAUGCUUGAUGUUAGUUUUAACAAAUUAGUGGGAGAAAUUCCGGAUGACGUCAGUGCGAAGGACAUGAAGUAUGUAUUUUUGACGGGCAACGUGCUUAGAGGAAACAUUCCUUCUUCUUUGUUGCAGGAUGGAAGAAAUAUUGAUCUUUCCUACAACAACUUCACAUGGCGAGAUCCUAAGAAGCCCGCUUGUGGAGAAAACAUGAAAUAUUAUAUAAACUUAUACCGGAGCUCAUCUACAAGUGUCAACUUAAAAGAAGUUCUUCCUUGCUCAAAUAGCAUUGAAUGUCCACGAUACGGUUGUUCUUUACACGUUAAUUGCGGUGGAGAUGACUUUGUAGCAGAAGAUGACAACAGAAAGGUUCUAUACGAAGGAGACGGAGGUGUUGAAGGUGGUGUGGCCACAUAUUUCCGGAGCAAUGAUAAUUACUGGGGAUUUAGUGCCACUGGUGACUUCAUGGAUGACGCUGAUUUGCUAAGUAUACGCCAUAUUAUUAAGCUGUCUGGAAGUAAUUUAUCUGAUCUAUAUGCUACAGCACGUAUUACUCCAAUUACCCUUACAUAUUUUGCCUACUGCCUUGGGAAUGGUAAUUAUUCUGUUAAAUUGCACUUUGCUGAGAUUCAGUUCACAAACGACAGAUCAUACGACAGUCUUGGGAGGCGUAUGUUUGAUAUUUACAUCCAGAAUAAAUUAGUACACAAGGAUUUCAAUAUUGAAAAUGAGGCCCGUGGUGCUCAGAGGCCAGCAGUGAAAGUUUUUAAUGCAAGUGUUACAAAUAAUAUUUUGGAGAUCAGAUUUAACUGGGCUGGUCGAGGGACAACAAGGAUUCCUACUAGAGGAGUUUAUGGGCCUCUUAUUUCAGCUAUUUCUGUCAAUCCUGUUUCAGGACACUGUUCCAGUGACAGGAAUAAAGGAAAAAUUUACAUCUCUGUUGGAGUCGUCUCGUUUUUCUUUUUGGUUUUGCUUAUUCUCUGGUGGAAAGGCUAUUUAAGAGUCUGGACACGCAGCAAAGAAUAUCGUGGAGCACUGCAAUUACAAGCUGGUGGGUAUACAUUAAAACAAAUUAAAGCUGCAACAAAUCAUUUCAAUCCUUCAAACAAGCUAGGUGAAGGUGGUUUUGGAUGUGUUUAUAAGGGUAUGUUGCCCGAUGGAACUCUUAUUGCUGUAAAGCAACUUUCUUCUAAAUCAAAUCAAGGAAAUCAUGAAUUUCUCAAUGAGAUUGGCAUGAUUACUUGUCUGCAGCAUGAAAAUCUUGUUAAGCUUCAUGGAUUUUGUGUUGAAGGCGAUCAGUUACUCUUGGUAUAUGAAUACAUGGAAAACAAUAAUCUUGCCCGUGCUUUGUUUGGUCGUGAACAAAGUCAGAUUUUUUUGGACUGGCAAACAAGAGUUAGAAUAUGCCUCGGCAUCGCACGAGGUUUAGCGUUUCUACAUGAAGACUCAACUCUGAAGAUUGUACAUAGGGAUAUUAAAGCUACAAAUGUACUCCUUGACAAAGAGUUGAAUCCUAAAAUUUCGGACUUCGGAUUGGCACGGCUUGGUGAAGAUGGAAAAUCCCAUAUUAGCACCCGAGUAGCAGGAACAAUAGGAUACAUGGCGCCAGAAUAUGCGAUAUGGGGUCAUCUAAGUUACAAGGUUGAUGUCUAUAGUUUUGGAGUCGUGACUUUGGAAAUCGUCAGUGGAAGGAACAAUAGCUGUUAUUCGCCAACCGAUGACUUCUUUUGUCUUCUCGAUUGGGCGUGUCACUUACGACAGAGUUGUAACUAUGUGGAACUUGUUGAUCAAAGGUUGGGUUGUAACUAUAACAUAGAAGAAGCAGAAAAAAUGGUGAAUGUCGCUCUUUUAUGCACUAAUUCUACUGCUUCUGAAAGACCUACCAUGUCUGAGGUGGUGAACAUGCUUGAAGGCAAAACGACGUUACCAGAUGUAGUCCCUGAUUUUCGAGCUUACACUAACGACCUAAGAUUUAAUAGCGUACAAGGUAUGCGUCAAUGCAAAGAAACCGAGAGUGGUAGCGGUAGCCAAUCUGAGAUUUCGACAAUGACUCAUUCAGACACUCGUUCAUCCUCAUAUCUUGUUGUGUUUUAUAAUCAGGAUGUAUAUGCAUUAAUGUAUACAUGUAUAUUAGGUUGUGUUUUAGAGUAUACUUCACAUAAUGAAUUUGUGAUUUGGUUGUUUGAUGAUAAGAAAAAAAAUAAAAAGACAAAUGUGAAAAUGGGGAUCUCAUUUGGUACUCUUCUUAAUAAGUUCAUGCUUACUCUUUUCUGUUUUUUGCUUCUUCCAUUCGUUUCAAGUGCAAAUAAUUGCCAACGUACGUCUGCUAAAGAAGUGGAGGCUCUUCGUGAGAUUGCUAAGGAUUUGGGGAAAACCGAUUGGAAUUUCAAUGAAGAUCCUUGCAAAAAUCACACAAGUUGGUUUUCCAAUGGGGAUCCCGCUACACCAACUUAUGUUAAUCAAGUCACCUGCACUUGUCUUGGUGGGAAAUGGCACUUGAAAAAUAUUUCCCUUAAGGGUCAAAAUCUUUUUGGUGGUCUUCCGAAAUCUCUAUCCAAGCUACGGUACCUCAAAAUCAUUGAUUUGUCAAGGAACCUUCUUGGGGGUACAAUACCAAAAGAAUGGGCUACAUUGAAAUUGGAAUAUUUGGGUAUUAUGGCCAACCGGCUGUCCGGUCCAAUUCCGAAGUUUAUGGGGAACAUUACUACUCUCAAUUAUUUAAGCCUUGAGAGCAAUUCGUUUUCUGGUACUGUUCCUGCAGAGCUAGGGAAGCUGGUGAAGCUAAACUAUUUAAUCCUUAGUGAUAACAAUCUUGAUGGCCAGCUACCGAUUGAGCUCAAAAAUCUGAAAAACCUGAUAGAAUUGAAGAUAAGUAGUAACAGCUUUAGUGGACAAAUACCCAAUUACAUUCAGAGCUGGAAACAACUCAAAAGGCUAGAGAUGCAAGGUAGUGGCCUUGAGGGGCCAAUUCCAUCCAGUAUUUCACUUCUGACCAACUUGAUCGAACUAAGGAUUAGUGAUUUGAAUGGAGAAGGUUCCGAGUUUCCACCACUAAGUAGUCUGACACACUUGGUGCGAUUGAUGCUGAGGAGCUGCAAGCUUCAUGGCUCUAUUCCUCAAUAUAUUGGAAAAAUGUCGAAACUGAAAAUAUUGGAUCUGAGCUUCAACAAAUUGAAUGGAUCUAUUCCAAACAGUCUUCAGUAUGUAAAUACAUUACAAAAUAUGUAUCUUACAUACAAUAUGCUAAGUGGACCUAUUCCCACCUGGAUCACAAGCAAAGUGGACAGCAGCCACAUAGAUCUUUCUUACAACAAUUUUGAUCCAAGAUUUGCGCCACCUUCUUGCAGUAAAGAAACCUUAAACUUGUACAGAAGCUUUUCAAAGGAAGAGAGCCUGAAAUCAAGUGCAUGCUUGAAGAACUUCCAGUGUAAAGUUCGGUAUUCAUUUCAUAUCAACAGUGGGGGGUCAGAGACACCCGUUGGAGGGGCUAUCUAUGAGGAAGAUGAUGAACGUGGGGGCGCUGCAAAGUUUGUUCCCCGAAGACCAGAAUGGGGAUUUAGCAGUAGCGGAGAGUUCUGGUUUUCACAAGUAUCUAAUAAUUAUAUAGCAAAAGUAAACCCAAAGCAAAAACUCAAGGGUUCAGAGCUGUAUAUGGAUGCACGAUUGUCAGCUACAUCUCUAACGUACUUUGGGGAUUGCUUGGGAAAAGGGAACUACAGUGUGACACUUUUUUUCAGUGAGAUAGUUUUUGCUAACAAUUCUUAUUCUAGUCUAGGACGACGGAUAUUUGACGUUUAUAUACAGGAUAAGCUUGUUUUGAAGAAUUUUAAUAUUGUGAAGGAAGCAAAUGGAAUUAACAAAGUUGUAAAAAAGGUAUUUCAACACAUUUUAGUGAAUGAUACUAUAGAAAUCCGUUUCUACUAUGCUGGAAAAGGGAGCACAGGUAUCCCUGUUAGAGGAACAUAUGGUCCACUCAUAUCAGCAGUUUCUGUGGAGUCAGAGUUUAAACCUCCUCCUGAUAGAACGAAAAUUAGAAGGAUUUUAACCGGUGUUGCAUCCUUGUUAUUGUCUACCACAAUUGUCGGUGUUUUCAUUUGUUGGUGGAAACGCCGCUCAAGUGACACGGCUUCAAGAGAACAAGUUCUUGCAGGACUUGAUCUUCAAACUGGGUUAUUUACAUUUAGACAACUUAAAGCUGCCACUAACAACUUCAGUGCGGACAGUAAGAUUGGAGAAGGUGGAUUUGGUUCAGUAUACUUGGGCAUAUUGUUAGAUGGCACUCAAAUCGCAGUGAAGCAACUUUCUUCUAGAUCAAAACAAGGAAAUCAAGAAUUCGUGAAUGAAAUAGGCAUGAUCUCUGGGUUGCGUCAUUUCAACCUUGUAAGAUUGUAUGGAUGUUGUGUCGAGGGAAGUCAGUUGUUUUUGAUCUAUGAAUACAUGGAGAACAAUAACCUUGCACGUCUUUUGUUUGAUAAUAGUGAACUGAAAUUGAAAUGGCCUGCCAGGCAAAAGAUUUGUGUUGGUGUGGCAAGAGGUUUAACCUUUCUGCAUGAGGAAUCAAUGAUAAAAAUUGUUCAUAGAGACAUCAAAGCCACAAAUAUACUACUUGACGGAGAUCUUAAUGCUAAAAUUUCGGACUUUGGGCUGGCUAGGCUUGAUGAACAAGAGUGUACCCACAUUAGCACUAGAGUUGCUGGAACAAUAGGAUACAUGGCACCAGAAUAUGCGUUGUGGGGCUAUUUAACAUACAAAGCAGAUGUCUACAGUUUUGGGGUUCUGGCAUUGGAGAUGGUUGCUGGUAGAAGCAACACAAAUUUUCGGCCCGAUGAUAAAUAUUUCUGCCUUCUUGAUUGGGCCUUUGCUCUACAACAACAAAAAGGAAAUCUAAUGGAGUUAGUUGAUCCGAAGCUUGGGACCGACUACGACAAGGAAGAAGUACUUAGAAUGAUCAAGGUUGCCUUAUUGUGCACCAAUCCAUCUCCUACCGUGAGACCUGUGAUGUCCGACGUAGUAAGCAUGCUUGAAGGAAACAUGCUUGUACAAGAACUAACCUUAGCGCCCGGUGUACAAAGUAGUGACUGGUUCUAUCAGGCUUCCAAAGGGUAUCAUGAUAUUAGUUCAGACAGUGAGACUCAAAGCUAUAUUCGCCCAAACGAUGCGAGCAAUAAUUGCUACUCAUUAAAUCAUUUGUCUCUCAAACCUACUCAACAGUCGAAAUCCCAACUAAUAGUUGAAGACGAUCAAUUGUAAUAUGUAUAUGUAUAUAUUUUUUCCGAUGAGUUGAACAGAAGUAUUCCCGAGGUGCUUCGACCAAUUGUAAUAAAAACGACUUAUUUUUGAUAGAAUGAUAAACUUAAUGCAAAAAAUAUGGAGAUCAUAAGAAUUAAAAAAGAAUUCUUGUUAAUGGAAAAUAAUUACGGACCAU